AUGGCGGCAGCUAGAAAUUCCCAUGCACUCAUAAUUAUUGGGUUGCUUCUCUCUUGCUUCAUAUUGUUUGUUUCAGCCGCUGAUGAUAAUUCAACCGCCGCCCUCACAGUUGGCUUCUACAAAAACUCCUGUCCCUUUGCAGAAAUCAUUGUCCGAAAAUACGUCAACAAAUUCGUCACUUUCAACCCUGGUUUUGCUGCUGGCCUUAUCAGGCUGCACUUCCACGAUUGCUUUGUCAGGGGUUGUGAUGCUUCUGUGUUGUUGGAUGGAAAAAACUCGGAAAAGCAAAGUAUACCAAACAAGGGAAGCCUACGUGGGUUCGAAAUAAUAGACGCAGCAAAAGCAGAACUUGAGGUGAAAUGCCCUGGAAUUGUUUCAUGUGCAGACAUUCUCGCCUUCUCAGCCAGAGACAGCGCCUGGAAAGCUGGCAACAUAUUCUACGAAGUACCCGCUGGACGCCGUGAUGGAAAUGUAUCCAACACACUCGACCCACUUCUAAAUCUUCCCCCGCCCUUCUUCAACGCAACUCAACUCAGGGACAAUUUUGCAAGAAAGGGUCUCACACUCGACGAAAUGGUUACACUUUCAGGGGCUCACUCCAUUGGAAUUGCUCAUUGUACUUCCUUCUUAGGACGUCUAUACCCGACAGUGGACCCCACUCUGGACCCCAAGUACGCUGCUAAGUUGAAAAAGAUAUGCCCUGCGCCUGUUGCUAAUGCGACCGGUCCACCGAAAGUGAACCCCACAGUCAAUCAGGAUACCAUCACUCCGAUUCGUUUGGACAAUUUAUACUACUUGGGAUUGAAGCAGAAAAAGGGGCUUUUUACGUCGGAUCAGGAUCUUAUGACAAGCCCUUUGACUUCCAAUAUUGUUCUCAACAAUAUUCAGUUUGGUGGUGUGUGGGCUACCAAGUUUGCUGCUGCCAUGGUCAAAAUGGGAAAUAUUGAUGUGCUCACCGGCGUCCAGGGCGAGGUCAGGGAACACUGCCGCCACAUCAACUGA